AUGGCACAUGCUCCAGCGCUUCUCAGGACGAACACGGCCCCGGUGUUUGCUGCGGAUAGGAAAGUUAGCAUGUCCGGUGCUUCAGGUAUAGCAGGUCCCCGAGCAAGCCAGUUGUCUGGCUCAACCAUCUAUGCUUCUGCGUCCAACCCCUCGUUGUCGUCCAUGGCAACGACUGUGGCCGACGCAGGACAUGUGAUCGCGACAGCCAAUAUCAUAAAUCAGAAGGCCGAUGCAUCGAGGUCUCUGUUCCAGAUAUGUUCAUCCCUGAAGCAAAGAUUACAGCAGGUUCCUGGUUUCGACCAGUACCAGGAGGAGCUCGAUGAACUUACAGAGAAAAGCGAAGGAGGCGCGGUGGACGCUGUAUGGCAAUUGUUGCGGACUGGUCACCCCCUUCUGACCAUCUUCAACACCCUCGAACCGGAUCGUCCUCUAAAUGUCGACAACGUUCCUGGAAGUGCCGCCAAAGUAUCCAAGAUCGCCGUGUUCAGAUUUGUUGAGGGCUGUCUCCAUCAACUGGGCAUGAAGAGCGACGAAUGCUUUGUCAUCAAUGACCUCAUGGGUAAUGACACCACCGGAUUUGUAAAGCCUCGUCAAGCAUCUGUGUCGGAAGCCGCUGCUGGCGACGGUAGCAGUACUGGUGGUUCCAUGUCCUACCGUGACCAUAUUAUCAAGGAAAUGGUAGAUACCGAGCGUAAAUAUGUUCAGGACUUGGAAAACCUUCACGAUUUGAAGAAGGCUGUUGAGCAGCAAGGUGACAUCCCAGGUGAUAUCGUUCAUCACAUCUUCUUGAACAUCAACUCGAUUCUCGACUUCCAGAGACGAUUCCUGAUCAAGGUUGAAACGAUGAAUUCCAUGCCUCCUGGAGCACAGCACUGGGGCACACCGUUCGCUACAUACGAAGAAGGUUUUGCAAUUUACCAGCCAUUCAUUGCCAAUCAGCGAAAAGCGGCACAGGUGGCGAACCAAGUAUUUGAGCAGAUCAGGGUCAUCCAACACCCAGUCGCAUGCGACUUUAAUACUCUGGAUGGAUUUCUUCUGAAACCAAUGCAAAGGCUUGUAAAAUAUCCUUUGCUUCUCAAGGAUCUUUUGAAAAAAAGUGAAGAUGCUUCCAUCAAGGAGGAUCUUUCCACAGGUAUAGCAGCUGCCGAGCGGGUACUCUCCAAGGCGAACGAGGCCGUCAACCGUGAUAUGCUUGACGAGGCGGUCGAAGAGCUGAAUAGAAGAGUUGACGACUGGAAGAGCCAUAAAGUGGACCAUUUCGGCAGUCUUCUCUUGCACGGCGUGUACACCGUCAUUACUGGGCGAAGUGACCAGGAGAAAGAUUACGAGAUUUAUCUCUUUGAGUCUAUUUUGCUGUGUUGUAAGGAAGUACAGCCAACUAAGAGCAAGGAGAAGAAGGACAAGACGAAGUCAAACAUACCCAAAUCACGGAACAAGAACAACAAGUUACAGUUGAAAGGUAGAAUCUUCAUGACGAAUGUGACGGAAGUUCUUUCGUUUGCGAAGCCCGGAUCGUACACUGUGCAAAUCUGGUGGAAAGGGGAUCCUGGCGUCGAAAAUUUCGUCAUCAAAUUCGUCAACGAGGAGCAAAUGAAGAAAUGGGCCACUGGCUUGGACAACCAGCGGAAGAUCAAUGCCCAACCAGUCACCGCAGCUCCAAACGGCGCAACAACCGACUUUGCAUGGAUGCGUAAUGCCGAGGGUCUCGAGAAUCCUUACAAACAACAAGAAGAAAGCGAUGAUGAAGAUGCAUUGCCUAUAGCACCAGCCGAGGUUGCAUCCCCGAACAUUGGCUUCGGUAACAUGCCACAGCUACCACAGUCAACAGGCGGUGUCAUGACCCGUAAUGCAUCCAGCACCAGCUUGAGAUCGCGCUCUGCUACAGGCGAGAGCACUCAAUCUAUUGCCGGUAUGGCUCGAGCGCCGCCACCAAGAUUCCCUCUGCCCGCACCGCCGAAUCAGCUCAGCUUGCAAACAGGAGCUGGACCACCGCAGGGAGCCGGGUCGCCAGGACCUCGUCUAGGGGAUUCAUACUUUUCGCCAGCGACCGAGUCGCCCAUAUCGACGCGUACUAGCGCUGCCAGCAGCAUGCAAUUCACCGCCGGCUACCCGUUUCCAAAGGCGGGUACGCCCCUAGGAAUGGAGGAUAACAAUCGUUACACAGCUCCUGCGAUGCCACGGGCACCUUCACGAGACGGCUCAUCCCCGGUCAACGCGUAUGCUAUGAGUGGAAGAAACCCCCGUGGACCCUCGAUGCCAGUCAUGGCCUCUCGAGAGAGCCUCGCUGCUCAACAACGUAACCGAUCUUAUAGCACCCCAGAUAUCAACGGUCAGCUCAGCAACGGCCGCAGAUCGAACAGCACCACGCCGGUGCCCGCUGUCCCCGGCAUACCUUCUCAUCUCGCCACUCACGAUCCAUCGGUCCCCCGUUCUCAGAAUGGGUCGCCCAUGCCAGAUAUGCCUAUGCGGACAAGCACCCAGAGCCCCGGUGCUCAACGUACGCAUCAAUCACACGGCUCGCUUGGAGGUCAAAUGGGUCAAUUCCCUGCAAAGCCGCUCUACCCGGGUCGCACAACGCCGGCACCGAGUGGAGCACCGUCGAAUGUCCCAACGCCGUUGCAGCUGGACAAUCGCACUGCAGUCUCGCCAUCGUUGCCUACUGCAGCAAGUUCUCUCUUCAGUCCUGCGCCUGAUGCGAUGCCCACGCAGCUCAAGGUCAAGGUGCAUUGCGAUAGUGGCAACUAUAUUACACUGGUCGUCGCCUUUAACAUCACAUAUCAGUCAAUGAUUGACCGCAUCGAUGCAAAACUAUCCCGAUUCACUGACAGCUCAAUUGGUAAGGGCAACUUGAAGCUGCGGUAUCGCGAUGAGGAUGGAGACUUUGUCAGCAUAGAGAGCGACGAAGACAUACAGAUUGCUUUCUUGGAACACCGGGAAGGCUCCAAGAAUCAGUACAACCUCGGCGGCGUCGGAGAAAUAGAACUUUUCUGCGUCGGCGACAUGUAA